AUGUUAGCAACAACUUUACCAAACUCGUUAGUCAUGAAUCCUACGUCAAUGUUGGUAGAGAUGAAAAGCUUCAUUCCUUCUUCAUAUACUUUUGAAACAAAAAUCCAGAAGAUAAAGCAAGAACUUUUAACAAAUAAUUUAGACUGUAGUGCGAAAGAUGAAACAAAUGAACAGUAUCUUUAUGAAAUGCAGGACAUUAUUGACCAUUUACCUAAACUUCCUGAAAUACAACAACAAAAGCUCACUAUUCCAGAAUUCGAUGAAAUAGAAGUCAAAGCAACUGACUCAGUAGAAAUAAAGAAGUUCAUACGAAAGGUAAACUAUGAGUUUCUAGGAUUUCAUUGCAACCAUAAGGUUAUGGACAAAGAUUGCGACAUGGUAUAUAAGAACAUCUCUGACAUAUAUAAAUCUGAAGAAUUUAAGACCUACGACAACUUUGUUUCGUUAGUUGCUGAAUGUGUAUGGCAGAUAAGAGAUAAAGAUAGAAGAGGCAAAGUAUGGAACGAACAAAUAAGACCCGCUAUGUUUGAGUUAAAGAAAACCAUUGACGCCUUAGUUGUUUUAGCAGGUAAGGUUUCAGAAUAUAACGCAAAAAUGAACCCGCAAUGUUCUAAAUGUAAAGCAGCAAUGAGGAAAUAUAACUACUCCGUCAAAGAGAUAGAACGUAUGAGAAACGACUAUGCAGACUUAAAGAAAGAAGCAGA